UCAAACAUUACAGUAAAAAUAGGAUAUUCGCUGGUUGCUGCUGGUGCGCUAAACGGUAAAAAUAAACCACUUGGCGACGACAACACGUUAAUCGGUUGCCACCGCAGCGACAGCCGGCCGAGGAGCCCGAAAAUGGCCCACAGCUAACCGGCGUCCGCUCCCGCUCCGUUUGUUUGUGGAAUUACAUACGACCGACCAGCUAGCUGGGCGCUAGCAAGCUAGCACGUUAGCUCGCCGAGAGGAGCUACCUAGCAGCUGCCGCUCGCUAACGCCUCCGGACUGGUACUCCCCAAAGCCGCAGCUAUGUUCGUCCAGGAGGAGAAAAUAUUUGCCGGGAAAGUGUUGAAAAUACACAUCUGCACCAUGGACGGCACAGAGUGGUUGGAGGAGGUCACGGAAGACACCACUGUUGAGAAACUGAAGGAGAGGUGCUUGAAACAUUAUGUACACGGGAAUGUAGAAGACCCCAAAACUCUCACCCACCAUAAACUCAUACACGCUGCUACAGAGAGAGUCCUGACUGACACUAAGACUGUUGCUGAUGAAAAUCUUAAAGACAAAGAUGUUUUGUUGCUCAUAAAGAAAAGACCACCGCCUACUCCCCCAAAGAUGCUAGAUGUUAGUUCAGAAGAAAAGAAGAAACAAGAUAACAAAGCUCCAGACAAAGACGCUAUCCUGAAAGCUACGGCCAGCCUGUCCACUCAGCACACCGACCGGGCCGUUACACAGCACAACAUCAGAGAUGUAGGAACCUCUGAGUUUCAAACAGAGCUUCGGAAAAUCCUGGUUUCUCUCAUCGAAGUGGCCCAGAAGCUCCUCGCCUUGAACCCCGACGCUGUUGAACUCUUCAAAAAGGCCAAUGCGAUGCUGGAUGAGGAUGAGGAGGACCGGGUGGAUGAAACGGCCCUCCAGCAGCUCACUGAGAUGGGUUUCCCUGAAAGCAGAGCAAUCAAAGCUCUCAGAUUGAGCCACAUGUCGGUGACCCAGGCCAUGGAGUGGCUGAUCGAACAUGUGGACGACCCCUCUGUGGACGCGCCGAUUCCUGGCCAGGACGCUUCAGGGCCAGCGGGGGCCACAGCGGCCCCUGCGGCGGCCGGGGCCUCUGGGGCCUCCGGGGCCUCCAGCUCGGGCGCCAACCUCCUGCGCAGCCAGUCCAGCACAGAGGAGAGCAGCAGCAGACAGGACGAGCUCACCGAGAUCUUCAAGAGGAUCCGCAGGAAAAGGGAGUUCAGACCAGACUCGCGGGCUGUCAUUGCAUUGAUGGAGAUGGGCUUUGACGAAAAGGAGGUGAUCGACGCCCUGAGAGUGAACAACAACCAGCAGGACGCUGCGUGCGAGUGGCUGCUGGGAGACAGGAAACCUUCACCAGAGGACCUGGAUAAAGGCAUCGACACCAACAGCCCCCUGUUCCAGGCCAUCCUGGAAAACCCGGUCGUCCAGCUGGGUUUAACCAAUCCCAAAACGUUGCUAGCAUUUGAAGACAUGCUGGAGAAUCCUCUGAAUAGCACCCAGUGGAUGAACGACCCCGAGACCGGCCCCGUCAUGCUCCAAAUAUCUAGAAUCUUCCAGACUCUCAAUCGAACAUAGAGCCUCCUGGUGACCCCCCGCGUGACUGUGGCAGCUUGUGUGUAUGCGUGUGUGUAUGGACAUACUGGGAUAAGUGUGUAUGGAUGUUUGUUUGUGGCAGACAUGAGUAUAGAGUUUUUUUUUUUUUUGUCUUCGAAAAACAAAGCCAGAGGAGUCAAAGAAUGAAAUAAGAUGUUACACUAUUUAUAAGAAUACAGUAAAACACUUAUACAAAGCAGACGUUAUCAUUAUUAUUAAGGUAAUAAUAUAACAUUGAGAUUUAAAAUGUUGUUUUUACAUUUAAACGAUAACAAUUUCUAGGUAUGACAGACCUGAUUUAUUUUAUAUAAUUUCUCCAUGUGCAGAAAUGACAUCGGACAUAAAUUUUAUGUUUACACUUUAAAGAAAACUGUUUUGUUUUUUGUUUUUUUUGUAUGAUUUACAAUAUUCAAACAUCCAUUACAGUUUUGUCUGUCACUUUAAAUCGUUACGUUUCAACAGUAGGGAAUGUGUGGAGCUGUCGCGUUUAGGGUUUUCUUCUUCCCUUCGUCCCGUUUCCUUUUUCUGUACCGGUUGAGUUUUUUCUUCUUUUGUUUUUUGUGGAAACCUCUGCUCUCAGACACGUUACCUCUGUCCGUUCACUCCUGUGAGGUCACUGUAAGCCACCCGUCUCUCACUGCAGAGAGCAGAAGGUCAGUCCUCUGCACGGACACGUGGCUUUAUCGCCUUUUUGAGGAAAGUUUUGCAGUAACCUGCGUGUCUCCUAACCAUUCAGCCACAGGGCGCUGAGGAAGGGACUAACGGGCCUCUGUGUUCUGUGGUGGGGGGGAGAAAUGAAGCUGAGCCUAAUCAGAAGGAUUUUGCCUUUAAAAAAAAAAAACAACCUUACAUUUGAACGAUGAAGAUGGGUGUCCACAACUGCCGAGACACGGCCCAACUCAAACGCCUCGUCAGGAUGUCCCCAGAAAAAAAGAGAGAACAAACAAAAACAACCCGCUGCUCUUCUUUUGACCCGUAAACGUGGACGUCUGGCGGGCUGUCCAGUUUUAGCCUUCGGGGAAGGGGAAACGUUGCCUCCACUUAUACCAUGAGUUUGAAAAUGACAUGGAGGGUGGUGUGUUUUUUUUGCCAAGCUUUUUUGAGUGUUAUUAUUCAAUAUUUGAAAAUUGUAGUAUUGUUGUGACUUUUCUGCUCAGGGAGGCUGAGAUUGUUUUGGGUUUUUGUUUUUUUUCUUAAUCCGUCACGAUGGCAAACCCCGGCUCAAGUCCUUCUAGUUCUGGCAUUUGAAAAAAACGGCUUUAACUAAACUGUCCGGACCUCUGCUUAAGAAUAAGGGCACCACAGGACAUGGUUUCGUAAAUGCAAUAUUUGAACAUAUUUAAUUGUUUUUAGAGAGACGCGUCUGUGUGAAAUAUGUCUUAUUACAUUAUUUAUAUUGAAGCCAAACUAGUAACUUGAUCUUAUUUAUAAAAUUUUUAGCAAACAUGAAAGCUGAUGUUCAAAAUGUUGGGGGAGGGGGGGGGGGGGUCCUUUAAAUGUUGUUUUUACAAACCCGUAUACAAAUUUGCUUACUGUGGACUGGUGGGUUACUCUGUCAUUUCAAAUGGUGCAACAGGUUUAACACGGGCGCUCUACACACCUCCGGAAGCCUCUCAGCUCUUCUGUCACCCUCCAUCACAAGCUUGGGAAUCAAAUCCAGCUUCACCCGAGGGGGGGAAAGCAUCCACGGGAAAUGCGUUUCUUUCCUAAAAGGCGCAGAUCGUCAAGCAGGACUGUCCCACGUCAACAACCUAUGCAAUACGCUCACUGUUCAAGCAGCCUCUCGGCUACUGGCAUCAACAACCCCUCUUGAAUUAAAGUCAUUUUUUUUGCGGCUGUAUUCUUUGGAUUUUGUUUGGACUUGUGUGGUAGUGGAAUGUGGGAGCCCAGCAAUGGAUAAGAAUCAAUGUUUCAAGGCAGAAACGGUCACAUAUGGCACAGUUAUGGCACAGGAGUCUGCAGGUUUCGGUAAUUGUGGUCAACUUCUCCCACAGCUUAGGUGGAUGUCAUUGCCAGAUCCCAGAAGCUGACCCUCAUGCCGGCCAGUGCGUGGGGACAUCUGACCAGAGAGAAUGCCGCAUGAGGUUUAAGCUGUCUGUCACGGGAUAUUUAACCACCUUUUGCUCUCAUCAUCCUGAAGCGAUACAUCUGACAUAUUAAAAUGGUGCCGUCAUACUUUGAGCACAUGUAAUUUAAACAUCAGAGUUCAUGAGCAUGAUAUUUAUUUAUUUAUUUAUUUAAGCUGUGCAUGAUGUCACAGUCUCACCGCCUGCAGUGCUGGGUGAUAUUUGUGAAUAAACCACCAAGACUCAGCUUCCACAAAGCAUUUUAUCAUCACUUUUUAAAAAGAAAUUGUAUAUAGAUGUACACAAGAGUCCCAUGAUGUUCAGAAGUCACAGAGUUGCUUUGGGCCUACCUCUCCGUCGGCUGUUCCUGGAACCCUGAGCUUCCUGGUGAGAGGCGGCCAGACGUCCAGCUGAUGUCCGUCUUGGUGGCCGAAGUCUUCCCGGCGGAGAAGCUCUGAGCGGUGCUUUUCAUGUUUUGAUCUCCUUAAAAAACAGAGGUCUUUCUUUUUUUUUAAAUCAAGACUUUGCUUUACUUCAGAUCCGUUCUUUUAGGAACACCUUCCUCCGACUGCUUGCCUUGAGCUUUUUGAUGCUCAUCUGAUUCUGAGAGGGAUUUUUCUUUGGGAAUAAAAAGUGACUGCGUCUGUGGGGUUUGGAGCAGUAGUUUGUAACGGAGUGGCUGCGUUGGGGUGACAUCAGCAUCCCCCCUCUCUCUCUCUGAGGUGUCACCGUGUCAUGUGGGGGCUCUGAGGAUGCUUUGCCCAUGAGUCAUCUAUCUUUUACACGACAACGUGCAAAGAGGGCGUUUUUUUUUCUUGUGAGAUGACAACUCUUGAAUCUUGAUCUUCUCAGAGCGACAGAUUCAGCAAUUCAAGCUAUGUUUGAAGACCAGUCUUCUGGUGGGAGAGAGCUUCUUCAUUUUAUUGAGCAGUUCUUAAUGAGUCAGAUUAUCCACUUUUUUCCCGCCUUACAGGGAUUUAGCUGCCUGGAGCCACGGCUCUUUGUCUUCUCUUUUCAGAGAUCUGAGACCUGCUGACUUUUCUUCCUCCACAGCAACAGCACACUCUUUCUUCCGAGCAUUUCCAAGCUCCAUUUAACUUUUGUUCUCCUUCUUUAAAGCCUUUCCCCUGUUUUUAUGUAUUCUUUUUUGUGAUAGCUCAUUUAGAACAUUAAAGAGCUUCUUGGUACUUCCUCUGUGUUCACCCAGCAGGUUGUUUUCAUAAAAAAAAAUUGUUCUCACUUUUUCCACCAGAAUGCGAAACCUAACUACUCUUCACUUGUUUGUGAAUAUUUCUCCAAGAAUAAAAAUGAAACCUUUCCGCAUAUUUAAAACUGGCAUUUUCCCAAAAAUAACAUUAUCUUUAAAAAAGAACAAUGUAAACAAAGUAAAACUUUCUUUACUUCAGUCUGACAUAAUAAUUUCAAACUUAAUUUCCUUUCUGGAGUAUAUCCCUGUGCAAUGGCCCCGCAGUAAAUAUAGAAUAAAUGAUUGUAAAGGAGUGAAACAUUUCAAUA